UCGGCAGGAAAACUUCCAGUCCGCCGAAGUCUCUAUUCCUUCGCCGCCUCUUUCCUCCCCCGCGCGCCUCUUCUUCCCGGUCUUCCCUCCCCCCGCUUGUCGCCAUGUCGCCGGUGCGGCCCGUGCUGGUGCUGCUGGCCGCCCUCUCGGCCUCGGCGACCGCGACCGAGCGCCUCUUCUUCAUCGACCCUCUCUCGGAGGAGUGUUUCCGCGAGCGGGUCCCGGUGCGUGCCGAGGUGGCGGGCGCCUUCGUGGUCAUCGAGGGAGGCUUCCUCGACGUCGACGUGGAGGUAACAGGCCCUGAUAACAAGGUGAUCUACUCAGGAGAGCGAGAGACUGAGGGCAAAUACAACUUUGUCGCCUACAUGGAUGGGAUAUAUAAGUUCUGCUUCGGCAACAAGAUGUCUACUAUGGUUCAAAAGGCAGUGACGUUCACUCUUGACAUUCAUGAAGCUCCAAAAUCAGAAGAUACGGAGACAGAAGAAACAAAAUGGGGUCUUGUGGAAGUUUUAGGACUCCUAGCUUCCAUGUUGUACAGAGCUUUCCAGUACCUGUCUGCAUCGGAAGAAGAACAGCCUUGAUUGCAGUAUAUUUUCAUGGCUCUUGUCCUAAAAAGCUUCUGCCAAAUAUAUGUUAGUCUUUUAAGGUAUUUUUCAAGCGGCCUGGCCAUUGUUGCUAAUAUGCCCCUUUAUUGCCUACCCAUCCCAAAGUGAGCCACUGCAGCUCUUGCCCAUACAGUCCUAAGUAGAGUCACACCCUUUUAACUCCAUUGGCUUCAAUUAACUUGAAAGGGUGUAACUGCUGAGAUUUGCACAGUUGCACAGUUGCACAAUUGCUGAGAUUUGCACAGUUGCACAGUGCAUAGUUGCAUGCAUGUGAUUUGCUAGUGUGUUCGUGGAUCAGGGGUACUGAUUUCUGAAGAGGAACAGGACAUCUCUGUGACCAUCUGCUAUACUAGAGGCAUCCAUGCACAGAGCAACAUAAAUUCUGUCCCCGUAAAGGCUGAGAUGAUGUGGCAAUGGGAGAGCAUUUCUUUCACAUACUCCAAGGUAGAGCACAGAAGAUCCUCUUUCAGGGCACAUUCAACAUACUUGUCACUGCGGUAAACUCCUACCACCACAGCACAAGGAUUUGCGCUGGGUGAUUGAAAUUAAACAGUGGCAACCAUUUUGUGACAUCCAAGUCUUGUCAGAAUUCCCUAUAUGACAUCAGGUGUAAAGGGUUUGGGAAUCCCAGGUCUACUCUGUCAAUUUCAUAGCACCUUAAAAAUUAGCACACUUUUAUUCUAGCAUGCAUUUUCAUGGACUAUUAGAAACCUUUUAGGAUGAUAGCAAAAUAAAGACUUCUCGUCCUUUAAGGUGUCACAAAGACCUUUGUCUAGUUUUGCUACAAGCUCCUUUGGAAUGAUUAUCUCAAAAGAGACAACGUGUACAAAAAUAUUACUGAUGUAUUAAAUUGGUACAGUAUCCAAGAAUACAGUAUUCAACAGUUGUUACAAAGU